AUGCUCCGAGCCUCACUCAUCCUCUUGUCGCUUCUCGUCGGCGCGUCGCUUGGCGCCGACUAUGUCAGGGCGUGCUACUUCACCAACUGGGCAAAGUAUCGGCAAGGUCGAGCUCAAUACAACGUGACUCGCGACUACAUGCCCGGUCUCUGCACUCACAUUCUCUACGCUUUCGGCUGGAUGAGCAACACUUUCCAGGCAAUCAACAACGAUCCCACCGACUUGCCAACUAGCUGGGCCCCGGUCGGGCAAUAUGCGCAAGUGAACGCACUGAAAUCCGUGGACACGAAUCUGAAAACCCUGCUUUCAUUUGGUGGUGCCAGUUUCCCGUUGUGGCUCCUACAGCAAAUGGCCUCCACUUCAGCCAAUCGUCAGACUUUCAUUCAAUCGGCUAUCUCGUGGGUUCGGCAAAAUGGUUUUGAUGGGAUUGAUAUCGAUUGGGAAGUGCCACAAUUGUCCGACAAGGCUAACUAUGCGGCUUUUGUUACGGAGUUGAAAGCGGCGGUGACGGCCGAGGCUCAACAAAGCGGAAAAGCGCGUUUGUUAGUGACAGCGGCGGUAGCAGCGGGAAGCUCGAAUAUGGUCGGAUAUGAUAUGACGACGAUGGGAAACGCUCUCGACUACGUCUUCUUGAUGAGCUACGACUUUUGGGGCGCCUGGUCAAAUCAACUCGGAAUGAACGCCCCAUUGUACCCGGCAAGCACGCAAACGUCGCCCAACAAUCAGUACAAUGUGCAAUGGGCCGCAAACGCUUGGGUGACGGGUGGUAUCCCGAAAUCGAAGCUCGUCAUCGGUAUGCCAGCUUAUGGAAGAGGAUGGACAUUAGCGAAUGCACAGAGCAUCCAACUGGGUGCCAGUGGAAAUAACCCAGCGCCUGCUCAACCGUUCACCCAAGAAGCCGGGAUUGGAGCCUACUUUGAGGUGUGCAAUCUCUUGGCAGCACCUGGAGCUCAACGGUACUUCCAAAGCCAGAUGGAUGUCCCGUAUUUGGUGUCCGGUGGACAGUGGUGGUCGUACGAUGAUGUGGAAUCGUUUAACGACAAGCUCAACUACAUCAAAACGAAUGCUUUUGCCGGAGCAAUGGUUUGGGCGUUGGAUCAAGAUGAUUUCAAUGCACAAUGUCCGGGAGCUAAUGGCGUCUACUAUCCAUUGAUCGGCACAAUUGCGCAGAGUCUAGCUGGAAUCAACAUCAAAGGACACAAUGGGCCAGUUCAACCAGUUCAACCAGUUCAAUCAGUUCAAUCAGCCUCAUCCACCAAAGCAUCAGUUGUCUCGACGAAAUCCCCAUUCAAGACUCAACCACCAGCAGCAGUCACCACUCAAAAAGCGUCACAACCAUCAACUGGUUUCUCAUGCACGGGCGUGGUUGAUGGCUUCUACGCGGAUCCAUCGAGUUGUGCUUCGUACAUUUGGUGUCUCCAGGGUGUCCCAAAUCGUUUCACUUGUCAGCCCGGUCUCCUCUACGAUUCGUCGUUGAAAUCGUGCAAUUGGGCCGCGCAAGUGACGUGC